AUGGCUAAUCGAUGGAAAUAUAUGGGACAUGAAAUUGGGGGUUGGGUUGCAACAAAUCCUGAACCUGUCCAAAAACUUGUUUAUCAACUUGAUAAAUAUAAAUGGACUGGUAAUGGACAAUAUGCACGUUUACCUCAACAUUAUAAACAACGUGCUAUUGAACAUCUAUAUGGAGAUAAAGAAGAUGUACACGAGGUACGAGAUAGACGAAAAUUUAUUGUUAAUCAUGAGACUGGUGUUUGGACUCGUACAAAACAUGUACCUGUCACUGUUGUACCAACAGUACAAGCUGAUAAAGGUUUAUGGGGUGGUGAAGGUGUAUUAAUUGGUUAUGAAGAUCGUGUAGUUGUUAAUGAUUAUCAUCGAUGUUUGAUUUCAGUGCCUAAAUUAAUGAAAUUAGUUUUCUAUAGUGAAAUUCUUGAUCAACAUUAUGCUAUUUGUGUUACACGACGUACAGUUACAAAAAUUGAAGAAGCUACAACAUUGGAUCAUUAUAUUCUUAAAACUCCUCUUCAAGAUCUUAAUUCAAAAUUUGGUUUUGAUCUUCGUCGACAAAUGUUACAUAAAUUAAUUAAUAAUGGUGAAGAGCUUUGGUCAAAUGAUUCACAGAAAAAAUCAAUUAUCUAUGACAGAUAUAAACAAUAUCAAGUACCUAAAGAAGAAAUUGAUUGGAUUGGUUUAUUACCUGAUGAAGCAUUAGAAAAAUUAGAAAGAGAAGAUGAUGAAAAAUAUGAACAAUCAGUUCGUCCAUGGAAAGAAUUAUUUCGUGAGUCAUUAAUUACAGAACUUUCUCGACGACAACGAAAUAAUGAACCAAUUGAUAUAACACCAAUUUCAUCAAAACCAAAACCAACAACCUUAAAAGACAAAGUUAUUAAUAAACUAUGGGGAUCCUAA